AUGUCACGUACAACUUCAGACGGCACGAUGAGUGACGAUAUGGCAGCCCAGAAGAGCGCGGUGCUGGACCCAGGCGCUGCCAGGCCUCACGCCGAAAAGCAGCACAUCAUCAAGUGGGACGGCUCCGAUGAUCCAGAAAAUCCUCGCAAUUGGAAAGCGACUACAAAAAUGAUUAGGGACCUGGCUUCCGUAAUGUUUGCUCCAGGUGCUGAUGCCCUCUGUGCCGAAUUUGGCAUUGGCAACGGCACCAUCGCCGCCCUGACCGUCACCAUUUACAUCCUCGGCUCUGCCCUAGGCCCCUUGUUCAUCAGCCCCUUGUCCGAGAUCUACGGACGGCUGAUAGUCUACCACGUGGGAAAUAGUGUAUACCUCGGCUUCACCAUUGGAUGUGCGCUGAGCACCAACACAGCCAUGGUCAUGGUGUUUCGUUUUAUGUGCGGUGUUGCUGCUGCAUCUCCGAUGUCUGUUGGCGGGGGUACCAUCGCAGACCUCCACAGACAGGAGGAACGCGGAAAGGCCAUGGCGUUGUUCGGACUCGGCCCACUUCUCGGACCAUGCAUCGGUCCUGUGGUUGGAGGACUUGUGACUGAGUAUGUUGGAUGGCGUUGGACAUUCCGGAUAAUACUCAUCUUUGCCGGCGUCGUCUCCGCAGUUGCCCUGGUUCUCAAUGCGCGAAACGUACGAGCCCGUUCUUCUCGAGCGCAAAGCGACUCGUUCCUGAAGUCGUGCAAGUCGACUGGAGACAACAACCUUUACUCUCGCACAACUGCACUUGACCCAGACGAUACUCCUAAUAGGGUCCUUCUACGCACAUUCAUCCGCCCGACCAAGAUGCUCGUCUUCUCGCCGAUUGUUCUCAUGAUGUCGCUCUACUCGGCCUUCAUGUUUGGACUGAUCUAUCUUCUCUUCACCACCUUCCCCGCCGUGUUUGAGCAAACCUACGGCUUCAGCGCCGGCAUCGCAGGCCUCGUAUAG